AUGAGCCAAUUAAAGUCUAUAAUAAGCAGAGCACUAGGAGGAAGCUUUCUACUUGGAUCUGCCCUCUUCACUGCAUCAUCAUCUUCCUCAAAUCCGCCGUCUCUAGCCUCCGCGUUUUCUUCCUCCUCCUCCGUCGUCCCCAUGGAAACCCAUAAAACCAAGGUUUGCAUCGUCGGUAGUGGUCCAGCGGCACACACGGCGGCGAUCUACGCGUCUAGGGCUGAGCUUAAGCCUCUUCUCUUCGAAGGAUGGAUGGCUAACGAUAUUGCUCCCGGAGGUCAGUUAACUACAACCACCGACGUCGAAAACUUCCCUGGUUUCCCCGAUGGUAUUCUAGGUUUGGAGAUCGUCGAGAAAUUCCGAAAGCAAUCGGAGCGAUUCGGUACUAAGAUCUUCACGGAGACUGUUAACAAGGUUGAUUUCUCUUCUAAACCGUUUAAGCUAUUCACUGAUGCGAGAACAGUUCUCGCCGACUCUGUAAUCAUUUCGACCGGAGCUGUAGCGAAACGCCUUAAUUUCACCGGAUCUGGUGAAGGUGUUGGUGGUUUUUGGAAUCGAGGAAUCUCCGCUUGUGCUGUAUGCGACGGAGCUGCUCCGAUUUUCAGGAACAAACCACUUGUAGUUAUUGGGGGCGGAGAUUCAGCUAUGGAGGAAGCUAAUUUCCUUACUAAGUAUGGAUCUAAGGUUUAUAUAAUCCAUAGGAGAGAUACGUUUAGAGCUUCUAAGAUUAUGCAGCAGAGAGCUUUGUCAAACCCUAAGAUUGAAGUGAUAUGGAACUCUUCGGUGGUUGAAGCAUUUGGUGAUGAGAAUGGUAAAGGUAUUCUUGGAGGGUUGAAAGUGAAGAAUGUUGUUACUGGAGAUGUGUCAGAUUUGAAGGUUUCUGGAUUGUUCUUUGCGAUUGGUCAUGAGCCAGCGACGAAGUUUUUAGAUGGGCAGCUUGAGCUUGAUGAAGAUGGCUAUGUAUUGACUAAGCCUGGUACUACAAAGACGAGUGUGGUUGGUGUAUUUGCUGCUGGAGAUGUUCAAGAUAAGAAGUAUAGACAGGCUAUUACGGCUGCUGGAACUGGGUGCAUGGCGGCUUUGGAUGCAGAACAUUACUUACAGGAGAUUGGAUCUCAGGAGGGUAAGAGUGAUUAG